CCUUUUGAAAGGGUGAUACUCCUAUGGAAUCAAGAUGCAAAAACGAUCUUAAGUGAACCGAGUGCGACAGAGGGGCGAUUGGGAGCGUCAUUAAAUCCGGGUCGCGAAGAAGAGAAUCAGAUGGCAGUCGAGGCCGAAGUGGUUCAGACCUUUCGUGAGAUUGAGCUGAGGUGUGACUGGCGCGCCCGCCCUGUCGAGUAGCAGGUCGCCAUGAGUCUCCACAGGGGCGACGUGGAGGUGGGGAUGAGUCGUGUGUCUGGGCUCAACUCCCCCUCAACCCCACCCUGCUCUGCCACCUCCUUGCUGACCCCUGCUGCACACUCGGUCAUCGUGCCUAACUCUGCCGUCCUUCAUCAACAAGGCGGGACGCCCCUUUGCACCAUUGGGAACGUGGGCGUGUCCAUCAUGGGCAGUAUGAACGUGGGCAGCGGCGAGGCAGCGGGCGUCGUGACAGGGUCCUCGGCCGCGAGCCUGACGUGUGCCAUCUGCGGUGACAGGGCCACGGGUAAGCAUUACGGCGCCCAUUCGUGCGACGGCUGCAAGGGCUUCUUCCGCCGCUCCGUCAGGAAGAACCACACGUACAGCUGCAGGUUCAAUCGUGGAUGUACAGUCGACAAGGACAAAAGAAAUCAAUGUCGUUAUUGCAGACUGAGGAAAUGCAUAAGGGUUGGAAUGAAAAAAGAUGCUGUUCAAAAUGAGCGCGACAGAAUCAGUACUCGCAGGCUCAGUUACGACGAAGGGGGAGGAGCCAGUGGCAUGGCGCUUUCCACGAUACUCAACGCUGAACAUCUUUCUCGACAGUUCUCGCCGGCGGUAGGUGAUGUAAGCGUGAUGAACAAGACCGUCGCGGGUGUAAUGGACGUGUGUGAGAGCAUGAAACAGCAGCUCCUGAUUCUGGUCGAGUGGGCCAAAUACAUUCCCUCGUUCUGUGAGCUUGUUCUCGACGACCAGGUGGCGCUGCUCCGAGCCCACGCCGGGGAACACCUACUCCUGGGGGCAGCUUUCCGAUCCAUGAACCUCCAGGACAUGAUCUUGCUGGGGAACGACUGCAUCAUCCUUAGGAACUCUUCAGCUUGGUCCCGCAUUCCAGAGGAGGAGAUCAGCCGCAUCGGCCAGCGCAUCAUGGACGAACUGAUCAAGCCGCUCAGGCAGGUACAGCUGGACGAAAAUGAAUACGCCUGCCUUAAGACCAUCGUGUUCUUUGACCCUCUCAUCCGAGGACUCCGUGACGUGGCGCGCGUGAAGGCCCUCAGGUACCAGGUGCAGCUGCUUCUCGAGGACUACAUCAACGACCGCCAGUUCGAGUCCCGCGGGAGAUUCGGCGAGAUGUUGCUCACCUUGCCCGCUCUGCAGUCCAUCACCUGGCAGAUGAUUGAGCAGAUCCAGUUCGCCAAACUCUUCGGCGUCGCCAGGAUCGAUAAUCUGCUUCAGGAGAUGUUGCUUGGAGCAGGAGCAGGAAGCGACGGAACGAACGGGCUGACGGGCGGCUCGGGCGGGGGCUACGGCGGCGGCGACGGGGGAAUCGGCGUCGGCAUCCCGGCCCCUCCCCCGGGCGGCGUCGGCCUUCCGAUCCCCUUGGGCGCAGCCACGGCGGCCGGAGGGAGCGUCCCCGUGGGCAUGAACAACAACAACGACAUCCCUGUGUCCGCGGCAGCACUGGAGGCAGCCGGGCUCUCGGCCUUCGGCAGCAGCGGAGCCACGAACGGCCACCUCGAAGGGGGCUCGAGGCCCACGUCCAAAGAGGAUGAGCGACCUCGCCUCGAGAGAACCUUCAAGCAGGAGGAUACGGACACGAACUUUGACAUAUGACUAAACAUGUGUGAGCAAUAUAUGCAUUAAAUGCCUACAGUAAAAACAUAUGGCUUAAUGUUUUGUGCAUUUCAAGCUUUUCUGGCAGCUGCUCUGUAUUGCCUCUCCUGCACAUCAGUUCGGUGUUCUUGUUGGUACACCCACUGCCUCAUUUUCUCAGUCAUAUGAUGUUCCGAAAAUAAGAACAAAGUGUAAGUAUACAAAAAUAAAGUCCAGAUAAGAGACAAAUAUUAUUAAAGAUGUAUGGGGAAUAAAAAAAAGUCUUUUUGACAUCUCUAAAUCUUAUAUAACAUACAGCUCAUGGUUGGUAAUAUAUAUAUAUAUAUAUAUAUAUAUAUAUAUAUAUAUAUAUAUAUAUAUAUAUGUGUGUGUGUGUGUGUGUGUGUGUGUGUGUGUGUGUGUGUGUGUGUGUGUGUGUGCAUGUAUGUAUGUGUAUAUAUAUGUAUAUAAAAUAUAUAUACAUAUAUCCAUUUUGAAUGGAACCCCAUCAGUUAUAGAGUAAUUUCUUCUCAUAAACCUUUAUUGUUAAAUGUACAAAAAAUGUGCAAACUACAUAUAUAUUGCUUUAACGGGUGUGUCACAAUAUUAUGUUGUAUAUUAUAAGAGGCUACAACACGUUUAAUAGAGUCCUUGUAAAUGGUAAAGACAAAAGUAACAUAACAGUAAUCAAUAAGCCACACAUUUUCAUUUCAGCAAAUUGUACAAAAUUGCCUACAAGUAAAGAAAUCCACAUUCAAGUUGUUAAUACAUUUCAGGCGACGUCCUUUGUUCCGUAUGUAGUUUUUUAUGUACACUUAACUUUUUACAAAAUAAAUGUGAAAGAAUAA